CAUAUUUGUAUACGUUUACACAGCAAUAUAAUAAUUUAACAACAGUUUAAUAAUUCAAUAAAUUACAAGAAUAAAUUUACGCGAAGCAAAUAAUUACAUAACAUCGUUCAGCCCUCAUGCGGAAACAAAAGUAACAGAACAAGUGAACGUCACUGCUGAUCGUCAGCGUAUCCACGUUGACGUCCUCCAAAAUAUUCCUCGGGAGAUUCUCCCCGUGAUACGCAAGAUAAAGAGUUCCGGGGCGUUCGGGAAACUUGGCACGUCCCUACGUGGGACGUUAUAUCGUGAAGAACGACGCGGGAUUCUACCGUCGUGUACGUAUACGCUCGGCCAUCGGUCGAAUGUGUGCGUGAGUGAGCGCGAGCGACGGCCGCCACGAGCGCGGUGGGAGACGCGGAGGGAGAGAUUCAGCCCGGAGUACCGUUAGUGAGCAUGCGCCUAUAGCCAUCAUAUCCGAUGGCCCCGCCUUUCUCGGUGCGAACGAUGCCUUUGGGAUUUGUCCCCGUCGAACCAAUCAGCGGGCACGAUCGACGCGGCGCGACGCGCAACUCUGGGCAAGCGGAGCGUGCGGGACGGGGGGAGUGGCUGGAAGGGAUGGCGGCUCGGGGCUGUGCGGGUACGACGGGGGCAGUCGUGUUAUACCGUGUGGGAGCAGCCAGCAGCAGCAACCAGCAGCAGUAGAUACGGCAGCGGUAUAAGCGAAGUGCUAACAAGUACUACGUACGAGACAUCGUCGUCGUUUCCACGAGCGAACGUUAUCGCGCGAGUUUGCAACGACGAAAGUGAAAAAAAAAAAAAAGCGACGAACGGAGGAAUCGUGUUCUCAUCGGGCACAUAGUACUGGUAAUUCAACCACUACCUACAACUACACACACACACACAUAUAUCACUCGCGCAGCCGCACACAUACAUCUCCGGGAGAGCUUGAAAACGUGCAUCAUAUAGACGUGACUGCGCAGUCGCCAUGGGCAACACGAUGAAAAGAUUGAAACCAACGUGAAUAUAUAUGUAAAAUGACAACAAAAGGGAACUAUAUUUAACUGAGCAGUAUCAGCAGAAGAUACUUCUUUUUCUGAAAGAGUGUCUAUACUCUAAAUUUAAAAGGGCAUACAAGAAAACAUGACAGAUGUUAAACCAAUUGGAAUUUCGUCGUCACCACAACAACAACCGCAACAGCAACAGCCACAACAACCGCCAACUCCACAGCAAAUGAUGCUCGCUACCCAUGAAUUACAGCAGCAACAACAGAAUGUACAACAGUCACAGCAACCGCAGCAACAUGUGCAGCAGCAGCAACAACCUCAGCAAGUACAACAGCAGCCACAACAAGUGCAGCAGCAAGUGCAGCAGCAACAGCAGAUACAACAGCAAGUUCAGUCGCAGCAGCAAAUGCAAGUUCAGCAGCAAGUACAACAACAGGUGCAGCAGCAGGUCCAGCAGCAACAGCAGCAGCAACAACAACAGCAGCAGCAGCAAACACAGCAAAGUAACGGACAGCACAAUGUUGUUCCUACUCAAGUUCAAGUGCAGCCACAGGUAGCUGCUAGCAUGCCGCAACAACAGUUGCAAGGAGCUGUCGCGGUAUCAAUGCAGCAUCAGCAGCAGCAAGGUGGUGUGUCCAUGACCCUCUCAGGUCAGCAGGGCGCAACGACCAUAACUACCAUGGCUGCUCACCCUCAAGCAGUCCAAGUGAUUCAGCAACCGAUACAGAGUCAAGCUUAUCACUUGCAACAAUUGUACAAUACUCAGGGCACGCCUCUGAUAAUGCCGGGCAAUCUUGCACUUCAUCCAGCGGGCAUAAAUCCUUCUUCUAUUCAAGUGAUAACGGCUGGAAAACCAUUUCAAUCUGCAGCCCAACUAACUCCACACAUGCUGACCACAGCAUCGACACCCGGACAAGGUGGUGCGCAUCCAGGUGCCGGUGGCACGAAAGUUCAAGGAUUUCCUGCCGGCUACUUACCAGUCCCGACCUCGGCUACCCCUGGAGCAGGUCAGACAUUGGUAUUUGGCCAGUUAGAUGUACUCGGUUCUCCGCAGCCACCACCUUCGUUGCAGCAGCAACAACAACAGCAAUCUGCGAACAAGCAGGAUCAGGUUCAGAAGUACACAACCUGUGCUGGGACGCCGUCAGGCAAUAGGAAUGCCGGAAUGCAGUUCGCACCGUGGUUCGCUCCGCAAGUAUGGACUGCGGGGUUACAACCGCCUACGAUUCUUACUGCCGCACCGAAUCAAAUUUUCCUUAGGGGUCCCACGCAGCCCGAUAUGUUCAUACAGAGCCCUCAACCGAUACAAGCGCACAAUGCCAUCUCAACACCACAGCAAAUCCACGGGGUGCAACAGAUCGCGGCUACUAGCGGGAAACCCAAGGUGAUGGACAUUCAGCAGCAGCAGCCACAGCAGGGUAAGCCGAGCGUAAGCGGACAACGGCCAUUGAGCAUCUUACCUUCAUCUUUACAAGCAGUACAAGCUGCCAAUAUACGCGCAGCCAGUUCUGUUUCCACGCAAACCGUUCACGGAGUUCAAGCUACGGUACAAGCACAGAGUGGUAAGACUGCUGGAGGAGUCGGAAAGGGCCGUAAACCCAUGCAGGCGCCACAGCAACAAACGCAGCAACAGCAACAACUAAGUCAACAACAAGCAUCAGCUGUCAACCAAGUCAACAUACAGCAUCAGCUUGUUUUCAUACAACAGAAACAGCAUACACAACAGCAGCAGCAGCAGCAGCAACAACUGCAGUAUCAGCAACCAACUACGCAACAGCAAAUACAACCUAAACCCAUCAUGACGAAUAUGACGUUACAACAGCAACAACAACCCGGCGUUGUGUUGGGUGCGGACCGUUCCAUCAUGCCAGUUGUAUCAGUGAGUGGAGUUGGGACCGGAGUUGCCACCACGUCACAGAUGAGUCAGAUGCCACAGACUGCCAUGUCAACAGUGCAACAACUUCCUUUAUCGGCCAUCAAUCCAGCGAUAAUAGGCAACCAAAUAUUGAGCGGAGCAUCGCAAGUUCAGGCGGUGCCGAUCGUGAACGCGACGCAGGAUCAGACACAGACGACGCAAGACAGCACCAAUUCAACGAUCAUGAUCACGUCGCCGGAUCGUAAUUCGCAAGCGGAAUGUGCGAUGAUGUCCACCACGAAUCCGCCGGUAGGGAGCGACGAUGGACUAAAAUUACUGACGAAGAAAGAGGAUGUGGUGCCUGUCACUACGGACGAAGUGACGAUACUUCAGACAGAAGUAGCAGAAGGGGACCAAUGUAAGACGAUAACGAAAGAGGAGGAAGGGCUUGUUCAAAAAGUGGACGAUAAACCGUGCAAUAACCCGUUGGCGGGUCUUGCUAAUGCCGUGAACGCGAUUACGAACGGAGUGAGCAGCGAUGAAUCAUCCAUGUCGGUGUCUAUACCAGUCACGGUAAACAAUAAACAAGCGCCACCCAAAGCCAUGGUGAAGCCGCAAGUCCUCACGCACGUAAUCGAGGGAUUCGUGAUACAAGAAGCGUCGGAGCCGUUCGCGGUCAGUCAGGACACCACCAAUGCUCUCAAUCGGAGCAACACGGCCACGGAGAGGGAGGCUCUCGAGGAACCACCGAGAAAGAAACACAUUCCUAAUUAUUCGAGUGAAGAGGACGGGGGUAGCAGACCGUCCAACAAGUGCGAGAAUUGCGACAAGGUGAUCGACGAGCAGAGCGUCAAGCUCAGGAAGGAGAAACGAUUUUGCUCGUCGCUGUGCGCAAAGAGUAAAAAGCGCGAAUCACGCGAUCGCGACAAUAAGCUGGAGAAGCAAUUGACCGGGAUGGAGACGGAGAAUAAAACUGUCGAUAACGACGUGACGAAGAAGAACGGCGAGGAGAGGCCGUUGUCAACGAGCACCAUCCUUCCUCCUUCCUCCGUCGAUGAAUCACUGCCGAAAAUGAAUCCAGUCAAAUGGACGGUGAACGAAGUGUGCGACUUCAUACGCGGUUUGCCAGGAUGCUCCGAUUACGCGGAGGAUUUUGCCAUCCAGGAGAUCGACGGCCAGGCCCUCAUGCUGCUGAAGGAGGACCACCUCAUGUCGGCUAUGAGCAUCAAAUUGGGCCCCGCCUUGAAGAUCGUAGCCAAAAUCGAUUCAAUGCGCGUGGACUCGAACUCGAAUCCCUCGUCGAACAGCUCGUAACCAGUCGCAGAAGGCGGCCGUCUUCAUGGUGUCGAUUUCUAGCCUACACGGGCUACAGGGUCUUGUGCAAGUGCUUGAUCGGAUGUAAGAUUUGUAAAAUGAUUACGAAGCUUAACAAUAUCGAGAUAUUUAAGCGUGCGCGCGAGAGAGAGGAACAUUGGUGGGAAUGAAUUUUGUGUAGAAGUGUGUCGUGGUGCAUCGAAAUUGUGUUUCGUCAAACUUUCUGCAACGCUCACGGAUGCACGUUGUUUAACUCGAAUACGAGUUUGUACAAUUUUACAUUUCUUUUUUUUUUUGUUUCUUUUUCUCCUUUUGUAAGAGUUGCGUGUGAAAUAAUGAUAAUAACAAACAUUUUUCAACUUACGAGCGAAGUUAGAAGACUUCGUAUUAUCAUUAAAAUUGACAUGCGUGAGUUGCGAAAAGACUCAAUUUUUUUUUUCCUCUUUUGUGGAUGCCCGUCCUUUCCGGGACACGUCUUACCACAAUGUCCCCCUGUUCAGUAACAAGGACAUUGCUUAUUUUAUGACAAGGAACAAGAUGAUACUUUCUGUAUACAGUAUAUAUACAGAAGGUUCGUGCAAACGAUAAAUCUUGAAAAAGAAGAAAAGUGUUCAGCCGAGUUGUCUUUACAUGGGAAUAAUUUUUUAAGACCUCGAUCGCACAUUACUCGAGGAGCGUCAUCCUAUAUGUUAUUAGUUCGACAUAGCUAUUUCUUGGGCGAAGAGUUCCGUUAGAUGCUGUGACCUGGCAAUUUUCAGUUGUUCGUUACAAUAGACAUAUAAAAUGGACCAGGCAUCGGAGAGCUGAAGCCAAAGUAGAAGGACAGAGAUAUGUUAACAGUGGAGCUUCUCUGUCACACAAUAAUGUAACACAGUACUGUAAGAGGGGGCGAUGUAGGAGAAGCAGAAGAGUGAGAGUGGGUAAAAGAGAGUAAAAGAGUGAAGAAAUGGGAGGAAUAUUGUGUAAGAAGACGCAUAAAUAGUACACCAAUGUGUGCACUCGUAAUUAUUAGUUCAUAGUAUUUGUAAAACUGUGUCUCUUCUCCUCUUUCCUUCUCCCCGCCAACUAUACUAGAAAACGCGGAAAGCACCACUGUCUCUACUGCUCUCUUCCUCUCUUACUAAUCCGGCUUCGAGUCCUUCAAUGGGCUCAGUCUAUUUUACAUGUCUAUGGUCACAAAACCACGAUCGUCUACGAGAUAAUGCUCACGUUCAGCAGAAACAGCAGCUUAUGCAACUAUUUGCGAGAAAUUUUCUGCUGAACGUCUGUUCGCGACUCGUAUGUUCACUGAACGGUCGUUAUUAUCUCUAUCUUCUAUAUCGGAGACGGAGCUUAAUAAGCGCGUUGUGAAAUAUAAGCGAAUACAAUCCAACAACGGAGGAGCGUUCAGCAGAAUUUUCAAACUGUGGACGGCGCGGCAAGAAGCGCUGACACAGUGACUGACUUUGCUGAACGCAGUCAUUGAUAUCAAUGCUACCGCGUUGAGCGCCAGAUUUAUAAAGAAUGCAGUUGGUGCGCGAAGUAGAACAUAUAUAUAUAUAUAUAUAUAUAUAUAUAUACACAUACAUACAUGUAUAUAUAUAUAUGUAUCGACUGAUAUUCAAAGGUAUGUAUAUAAAUUCUCGGUAAUUGUGCGUGAAACGGAGCAUAAGGAAUUUCAUUUUAUACAUAUAUUCACACGAAUGUAUCCCGGAGCACUAUUUUGCAGAAUCUGCUGAAAUAAUUGCUGCUUGGAACAUAAAUAUAUACAUACGUACUGGAAAGUGCUCGGAGUGCAAUCUUGCGAGAUUCAAUUCGAGAAUCGUCCGAUUAUCCAUCUUUACGCGCUUGUACAGGAGAAAGUGAGCUGAUAGAAGAUAUCUUCUCUCUUAUAUACAGCGAUAAAUUGCAAUUUUCUGCAAUGUGUAUACAUAUGUAUAUAUGUAUGUUUUAAAAGUGGCGAGUGGCACUGUCGAGGAACAGAGUACAAAUUGUGUCCAUUACGCAGUAGAGAACACAUAUUGUAUAUACAAGAGCAUAAGUACAUACAACGUAUUUUGUACUCGAAAGCAAAUACCCGUGGUGUAGUGUAUAAAAUGCAUUGCCUUCUGUACGAUUUUUACUAGUAGCUUCGCGACAAUAUCUGACGUCUGCCUGUUUCUUCUUUCUUAGGCAUUACCGCGUCCGAACGACAAAUUCGUAUUAAAUUUAUGACAGAAGUGUGUUUUUGUCAUACUGAUACGCAGAAGAUUGCUUAUCAUACAUACAUUCGUACAUUUUUGUAAAUGUCACCGCGCACUCGAUCAAUAUAUACGUAUAAAUAGUAUAAACAGAAUGUUUAUUUAAUAUACAGAUUUGAUAUAUAAUGCGAAUUUUUAGUUGUGUUGCUACGAGUUAUCCUUCCACUCUCACGGUUCUUGGUUCUUGAAUGAAAAAAAAAAAGAAAGAAAAAGAAAGAAAGAAUGAUACAAGUGACUCUGUCGUAAGAAAUUAUAUUUCCGUCGCUAGAAAUAUGAUAGGCAUAAUGAUAUGGUAUAAGUCGAGAAAAAGAGGCGUCAUGUCCGGCUUCGGAUGGCAAAAGAGCAAAACGAAAAUUUAUAUGACGAGAAUAAUUCGAUAUAUCGUUAUUAUCAUGUUGUAUUCUCGAAAUUCAAUGUAAAUACCACAUUUGCAAAAUUCACACGAUGGUAUAUAUUUCUGAAAGGAUAAACAGAUGUUACUGUUUUUUAUACAUGUAUUUCUCUUACUCUAAGAUUAAUUUUACACAUUUUGAUAUUGUGCAAGGCAGCCGCGAGAUGUGUUCGAAAUUCAGUGCUCGUUGUUACGUUUUAAGUACCCGGUGAUUUGCUAUGCAUUUUAUACAGACAUUGAAUGUAUAGUCCUAGCAUGUCCUUUUGUAUGUUAAGAAUACUUUAGCGAGGAAGGCAAUAUAAUGCUCAAAGAUAUUUGUAUAUUACGCAUUAUUAAAUUUGUCCCGCGCUCUAUUCACGCCUAUGGUAGAAAAUAGAUACUGUAUAUGAACAUCAUUCUAUGCACUGUACUCUUUCAUUGUAUAAAAGUUUCUUCGCUCGGGUCCGGUCGCGCCAAAAACAAACUGCGCAUACAUUUGGAUGAGACGCACAAAUUCUUCGCUUGAUUCGAUAGGCGACAUUCAAUCGUUCAGAUCAAUGGGAUCUGGCGUGAUCGGACCUUGGAUGUCAAAAUUCAGACUACAAAUUCGAGGGUUCAAAAUUUCGCAUCAAUCUCGAGGUUUCGAAGUGACUCAGGGCCAAAUAUUUCACAAUAUACUUUUUAUACAAUAGAAAUAAAACUCUGCUGAUGUGUAAAACCAAAUUAUUGUACAUUUGUGAGUGAGCAGGUGGUAAUAGCUAUAAUUAAAACUACACCAAUAAAACUAGAAGUAGCGAAA